CCCUCCCCAGAUCUUUGCACCAGGCGACCAACCAGUGGUGUUGAUGUUUUUCUGCAUCGACCUUCCGACUGGAGGUCAAGAACGUUUCAAGACACUUUCUUCGCUUUCAAGCUCCCAGCACCCUCAUUCCGCCAUUUUGACCCGUUCAAUUUCCCGUCCUAGAGUUCGCCACCAUGAAGAGCAACAAGGCUGAUGACGACUAUGAUUACCUUUUUAAGGUUGUUCUGGUCGGCGACUCAGGCGUCGGAAAGUCUAACCUGAUUUCGCGGUUCACCAGGAAUGAGUUCAACAUGGAGUCGAAGUCGACCAUCGGUGUCGAGUUCGCCACAAGGAGCAUCGAGGUUGACGGCAAGACCGUGAAGGCCCAGAUCUGGGAUAUGGCUGGUCAAGAGCGAUACAGGGCCAUCACGAGUGCGUAUUACCGUGGUGCUGUGGGAGCUCUCCUGGUAUACGAUAUCACGCGGCAAGUGACAUUCGACAAUGUGGAGCGAUGGCUGAAAGAGCUUCGCGAUCAUGGCGACCAGAGCAUCAUCAUCACUUUGGUCGGUAACAAGUGCGAUCUGAGGCAUUUGCGGAAGGUCUCUUUGGAAAAGGGCCAGGCUUUCGCAGAGAAGGAGGGCUUCUUCUUCAUUGAGACAUCAGCUCUCGAUGCCACCAAUGUCGAGGACGCGUUUACUCAGAUCUUGACGGAGAUUUAUUGGAUGAUGAACAAGAAGGCGCUGGCACCGGAUGAGGAUAGCUAUGCUGGUCCAGGGAAAGGCCAGACCAUCAACAUCAAUGCUCCUCAGGAGGAGAAGCCUGUUCAGUCCUCAUGCUGUUAGUUCUGCCCCUGUCAUCUCCGUAGCAUCCUUCAACCUAUCCCAAUUCCAUCCCUUACGUAAGAGCACUAUCACCCAUCAUAGGUAGCAGCUCCCAUCUGACCUGUACAAUUGCUCCUCACGUGGGUAGACUUGCCGUAGGCGUCUCCUCACGUUGGUCUACUUACUGUAAAGCUGUGGGUACGAGAUGUGAGUCACAUGUCGGGUGCGCAUCAUGGUUGCAAGAAGGCCUAGGUGGCUAAUCGUAGAUCUGGUCUGGUUCUGUUGCACUCGUUACAUGCCCUGACCUAUUUCAGCAACCUUUGUGGAGUCUGUAAUUAAGUACAAAUUGGUCUGUU